GGUUACGCAGCCCACUGAAGCCUAUAUAAUGACCCCGUCUCUUUUCUCUCAUAAUUUACCCUAAAUCCCAAUUUACGCAGCCCAAGCGGCAGUUUUAGUUUUCCCCUUCCGAGCAAACACAGUCAUGGACGGCGGCCUUGUGUCUCCACUUUUGCAAAUCCACCGGCCAAAGCCAAUCAGGAGCAAGGGUAUUGAAUCAAAUAUUGUUGAAUCAAAGGCUGUUGAAUCCGAGGUUGUUGAACUUAAUGGUAGCAAAGCUGAUGAAUUUGAGAUUGAUGAAUCGGAGAUUGAUGAAUCUGAGAUUGAUGAAUCGGAGAUUGAUGAAUCGGAGACUGAUGACUCGGAGGCUGAUGAGUCGGAUUCUGAAAAACUUAUUGGUCGUGAAUGUCAGUUUUGUUUAAAGGUGGGUGAUCACUUCUCACAAACAUGCUCAUACAGGUGUCAUGUCCCAAAGAACGCAAUUGUUGGCAAGAGGUGUGUGGUAGUUUGUAAUUUGUGUGGUUGCCUCUUUAGAGACUCAUGUUGUGGCAUUUGUGGCCAAAGUGAUGGAUUUGCAAUUCUUAUGAACUGUUUACAUUGUGGGAAGAUAGGUGAACACUUGAUGUCUAUGUGUCCGAGCCGCGAGGGGAAACCUUCUUGUUUUUCUUUGGACCCUUAUACUGGUUCUGUUAUUUCCAUUUAAGUGGUAGAGAAUGGAGAGUUAAUGGUACUCUAAAAGUUAAAGCAAAGAUUAAAUGUUAAUUUCAAAUUCAACAAAUUUUUAGAAUUUUCAUUUUAAAUGUUUUUAAAUAAUUGUAAUCUUCGUAGACUUGUAGAGUAACUCACUUUAUGAGUAGAUCUCCUGCAAUAUUUAAUUUGACUCCUACAUGUGGCCCUGUAUCCCUAUGUUGUAUGAGAUUGACUGCAUACACCAAUAAAUCACCCAAGUUUUAAUUGUA